AUGAUUGAAAGGGAGAGUGAUUGCGCACAGGAAGCAACAUCUUCCAUCAAACAGCCAUGGGUUGAGACUCCACUAAUCGAGUCGGGCGCUCUUUCCAAAGCCGCUGGAUGUCGAAUAUUUCUCAAGCUCGAAAAUCUGCAACCAUCUUCUUCCUUCAAGUCUCGCGGCGUCGGGAAUUUGAUGCUGAAAAACAUCAGAAAACAAUGUCCCUCUGAUAAAAGGCCUCUUCACUUUUAUUCGUCUUCAGGCGGAAAUGCGGGACUUGCCUGUGUCACGGCGGCGACAUCGCUUGGCUACAAGUCCUCAGUCAUUGUCCCAACCAGCACGGAUGAGAGAACGAUCCAGAAACUCAAGGCUGCCGGGGCAAGUGAAGUCAUUUCCCAUGGCGACAGCUGGUUCUUUGCAGACAAGCAUCUCAGAGAAGUCAUCAUCCCCGAGGCAGAGGAACGUAGUGAAAGGGGCAUUUAUAUUCACCCUUUUGACCACCCAGCAAUCUGGGAGGGUGCGGGGAGUAUGGUGGAAGAGAUUAAAGACCAGAUGCCGGACGGCGAAAGGCCCGAUGCCAUAGUGUGUUCCGUGGGUGGAGGAGGACUCUUCUCGGGCAUCAUGAAUGGACUUGAUCGUGUUGGCUGGGGUGAUGAGGUCUCCGUCAUGCCGGUGGAAACACUCGGCGCCGAUUCCCUUGCACAGUCCAUCCAGAAGGGUGAACUGGUAACACUCUCAGGCAUCACGUCAGUGGCAACAUCUCUGGGCGCCAUUCGUGUAGCGGAAAAUGCCUUCCAACAAGCUCAGAGACCCAAUGUCACACCGAUUAUUCUCGAAGACGCGGAGGCAUGCGCGGCGUGUUGGCGUCUCCUUGAUGACGAAAGAUUUCUGGUGGAGCCGGCAUGUGGCGCAAGUAUAGCUCUUGCAUAUGAUGGGAGACUGAGAAAAUACCUCAGAGGCUUUGGACCGGAAUCCAAGGUUGUCAUUAUUCUUUGUGGCGGGUCCAAGAUAUCUCUGGAACUGUUGAACAAAUACCGACGGAUCUAUGGACAGAGAAGCGAGGAGCUGGCUUUGAAGGAUGCUCAAUAG